UUUUGUUUUUGUUUUUUUUUUUAAGAGCCACCAGGCCAGGGGUCCAAUUGAAUGUCCUGGACAUUGUCUACGAUCUACAUAUACUGCUGGCGUCAAGGAGGCUACUGAAUGAAAAGAGGACACUGGAAGGGGGUGGUGCAAUUAGGUGAGGUGGACACUUGGUCUACACCGAGGGCCCACCAUGUAAUUUCAAAGGUGCCAAAUUUUCUAUACGGCUAGUAAACUUUUAAAAAAAAUGUAUCACCCGGGCCCCAAAUUUCAAACUGCCGUGCACAUAUCAUAGCUGGACGAUAUGGCAGCGCCCAGGGCCGUUGGCCGCCGUCCUCUUAGAAGCAAACGGUGCUUUGUAAUUUUACAGCGGGAGGGAGCUGGCAGGCGGUCCACCGCCCGAAACGACUUUCAGGUUGGGGGUUGGGGUGGAGGUGGGGGGGUGGCGGUGUUAAUCCGUGUCGCCCGCUUCUGCGCAUGCCUGAAAACGCGCCGGAAUUAAAUUCAGUGCGCGCCGCCGCCUGGGCCGCCAUACUUCCGUUACGGGAGCUCGCAGAGGACAAGCUUCCACACACUUUUCCGGUGUCUCUUCUUCCCUCGGUCUGAGGCAAGAGGAAUAAAGAGCCCGGCCCUCUCUGUCCAUGAGCGGUCUAGUGCGCACCGAGCCGCUGCGCGGAGACCCCCCUCUGCUGGUGCCCGGUGACCCCUACUCCGUGGUGGUUCUGCUACAGGGCUACGCGGAGCCCAAGGGGGUUGGCGAGGCCGUACGCGCCGAUGGCUCCGUGACCCUUGUCUUGCCUCAGGCCUGGGGUCCGGCCUCCAGCCACCAAGAGCCCUCGCCCGAGAGCCACGAGGUGAAGACCGCCCUGGAGGAGGCGGCCCGUGGCCCCAUCCUCGUGGACACUGCGGGCCCGUGGGCUCGGGAGGCACUCUUGGGGGCUCUGGCGGGGCAGGGCCUAGCCCCGGGUGAUGUGACUCUUGUGGUGGGGACCCACGGGCAUUCGGACCACAUCGGGAAUCUGGGGCUCUUUCCCCGGGCAGCUCUGCUGGUCUCGCACGACUUCUGCCUUCCCGGAGGCCUCUAUCUCCCUCACGGGCUGGCUGAGGAGCGGCCUCUGCGGUUGGGGCCUGGACUCGAGGUGUGGGCUACGCCGGGCCAUGGUGGCCAGCGGGACGUGAGCGUGGUGGUGGCUGGCACGACCCUGGGCACUGUAAUGGUAGUGGGCGAUGUGUUUGAACGUGAUGGGGACGAGGACUCGUGGCAGGCGCUGAGUGAAGACCCCGUAGCCCAGAAGCGCAGCCGGAAGAGGGUCUUAGGCACUGCCGAUGUGAUUGUGCCUGGUCAUGGCGCUCCCUUUAGGGUGAUCAGGGAAGCCUCGCCUUCAGAGACAGAGGGUCAGAGGAACAGCCAGCCAGAACUCGUGAUUGGAGACAAGGAGCCCACGGUUCACCGAUAAACUCGUCUCGACUCCUGUUCAGGACACCAUACCCCCACCCCAAGCCAAGAAACUGACAUCCAGGACACAAGAGGACAUGACAGGAGUCACCAGUAGUCCCUUCUAGCCCUUCCAGGAGGCCAGUUUUCCCAAGGACAAUGGCUUUGGCCAUUGCUGUCAUGAAUACCUGUUUCUGUGAUCAAACUAGGACCAAAGACUGACUCCACUGUGUGCCACCUGUCACCUCUCAGGCUUCAUUAGUAAAAUGGGAGAAUGUUCUUGGGAGAGUCUUCUGAAAUAAAAGUAGGAAGAUGCAUUGAAAAAUCA